AUGAUUCGAGGGGUUAAUGAUAUAAUGGAAAAUGGCCAUUGUCCCUGUGCCAUUCGCCACGAUACGACUCGCAGCUCUUUCAUACUAUUGCGGUUGUGUUUUGGUAUGCGGAGGAGCAUUGAUUCUCGAAUACCCACAGAGAACAAAGAUGAUACCCAGGUGUCGGUUGGUGCUCAGGUGGUCAUUUCUAUCAUAUUCAUUACCGUUUCAGGGGUUCGAGGUUUCAUGCAAAAGCCAAGCAGUCUCGAUGACAAUGCAGGUCAAGCGAAAAAGAAACUUGGCGGCAUCAAGCAGGAGAUUUAA